AGUGCGGUAUAAUACAGGAUAAAGAAAACUUGAUGACCUGUGUGAUCUGCCUCAGCGGAAAGAGCUCCGUCUCUUUUAACAUGUAACUCAGAGAGCAGCAGACAUAGCAGUCUUUGAGUCUUGACUCUGAGCGAGAGACAGAUCUCGAGAAGGAUGGAAGACGCGAAAGCAAUGGCUCAACAUCAGCAGCAGCAGCAACUACAGUUACAGCAACAACAACACCAUCAGCAACACCAGCAGCAGCAGCAGCAACACCAACAACAACAGUUAUUGCUUUUACAGCAAUUACAAAGACAACAGCAACAGGCGCAACAGGCCGCUGCCAUUUCUCGUUUUCCUUCCAACAUCGACGCUCAUUUGCGCCCACUCCGAUCCCUCAAUCUCCAACCUAACCAAAUCUCGAACCCUAAUCCCAACCCCAAUCCUAAUGCUAAUCCCAACCCCAACCCCAACCCCAACCCUAACCCUAACCCCAAUUCUGUUCUCCAACAAAAUCCGAAUGAGAACCCGCAGCAACAGCCUCAACCCCAACAGAGGGCUAUCCGUCCGGGUAACCAAGCCGAGCUGCAAAUGGCCUACCAGGACGCCUGGCGGGUCUGCCAUCCCGAUUUCAAGCGCCCCUUCUCUUCCCUCGAAGACGCAUGUGAAAGGUUACUACCAUAUCAUGUGGUGGCUGAUUAUGAAGCUGAAGAGGAUGAUCGAAUCCUUGACUCUGACACUACAGGCAUGAUGCCGUCUCGCUCUCAGCAGUGGGAUCACAACAUUUCUGCAAAAGUUGCAGAAUUUACGGCGACGUUUGAAAAACAGGCACUGGCCUUCAACAUUAUCUCCCGCAAGCGUGCUUUUGGGGAAUUUAGAUCUGAAGAGAGACUUAUGAUUGAGCAGGCUCUUUGUCAAGAAGAAAAACGAGCAUGUCUGGAAUUAAGAGCAGAGCUUGAUUCUAGAGAGAAAGCUCGAAUGGCAGCGAUUGUUCAGGCAGAGCAAGCUCGGGUUGAGUCACAGACACAUGCCGAAAUGUUGGCUCGGGCCCCAAUAAGGGCAAGUGCACUUGGGGCUCAAGGAAAUGAUGUCCGGAUUGGUCAUGAUAUGAGAAUACAGGAACAUGGGGCUAACCCAGAAGAGAUGAUAAACGGAUGGGGAAAUAGUAUGCAGAGAGAUGAGAAAGAACCAUCUGAAGAUUUUCUAAAUGAUGAGGAGACCGAGAAUGGAUCUCCGGGCAUGCAGGAUGGUUGGCGCGAAGUUGGUGAAUUUGAUUUGAACACACGUUAAGCAUUCCAACUCUUGUAGAAUAAUCACCAUCACGGACGGGUGUGUUGAUAAGCCGAAUGAAAGUACAUCACUGGAAAAAUUAGUUGCCUGGAGCUGUCUUUGAAUAAUUGUGUAUUUAGUGAAGCAAGACAAUUUGAGAAAUACUUGCUGUUAAGAUUUCAGUCAGAGGGUAAAGGAUUAUUGCAACCGUGUCAGUCUUUUAGUUUGAAUCAUCUUAUCCUAGUUAUGCUUGC